AUGCUUUUAAACCGAGUUGUUGGUGCACAGAGUGGAGGUUUAAGAGCGGCACUUUUAGCGAAAAUGGCAGGCUAUGGUGGAGCUGCAGACGGAACAGCUUAUAACCCUCAAAGUCAAAUGAAUUUGAGUUCACUCAAAAAUCAAAUAACAGAUGUCAAAAAGUCAAACAUAGACAUACAGAAACAAAUAAGUGAAAACGAAAAGAAACUAGAAUAUGACAGACACACAAAGAAACUCAAUGAGUUAAACGUAGAGAAAAAGAAGAAAGAAGAACAACUGAAAGAACUAAGUACAGAGGAAUAUGCGAAAAAAGUGUCAGAAAAAGCAGCAGAAGUAGCAAAAAUGGAACAAGAUGUUAUAAAUUUGAAAAACCAUACUACUCAAUAUAAAGUACUGAAAGAUGAAGAGAUAAAACAAAAAGCCCUGAAGACAUAUAUGGAUAGCGAUGAGUAUAAAAAAGAAGUUGAAGCAAAUGUAAAGGCAGAAAAACUUUUACAGUUGCAAAACCAAACCGUACAGUAUGAAAACUUAGCACAAGAAAGUAAAAAUAACGACGCAGCCAUGCAAAAGGCAAUGAAAAGCGCAGAAUAUAUAAAAGCUAACAAUGACUGGUUAGAUGCCCAAGCCAACGCUAAAGCAGCCCAACUCAUAGGGUCAAUAAGGACAAAAAUACAAGCGGAUGAAGACAGUUCAAAUGAAGCUUUAACAAAUGCUGACUUUAAGAACGCCUUCGAAGCUCUUCAUAGUAAGGUGAAACAAGUGAACGACUUCUCAUCUGGAAAGAAACUGAAGUCUGAAGGUUUCGACAAAGAGUUAAAAGAAGUAGCACAAAAUAUGACGAAAAUAACAGAUGCAGCAACGAGACAGGCAGUUCAAA